AUGGACGACGACGAUGAGAUCCUUCAACUUCCCGCGGACACCCUAGCAGCACUCGCCGAAUUUCAUGCAGAGCGUGAUGCCAAAGCAAAGCAGUUCGAAGACCUCAAAACGAAAGCCGAGGAUGAGUUCGCAAAGGGCACCGGCAAGCUCAGCAUGGACCUCUUUGGCGAGGACUGGAAUGCUAGCCAAUUCUGGUACACCGACGACACUGCACGUCUUCUGGCCCAGCAACUGUUGAAGGAAGUUACGGAUGAGUCUGCUAUUGCUGUUGUGUCUGCACCUAGCGUAUAUGUGGCGCUGCGGAACAUCCUGGCAGAGGACGAAACGCUCGUCAGGCCGCAGCUAUGCCUCCUGGAAUUCGAUCGGCGGUUUGAGGUGGUCGGUAACGAUUUUGCAUAUUACGACUUCAAGCAGCCACUUCGCCUACCGGCAGAGCUGAAGGGCAAGUUCGACCGCAUCAUUGCCGAUCCGCCAUUCUUGUCCGACGAGUGCCAGACAAAGACGGCUCUUACGGUACGUUUCCUUGCACGGCGAUGGUCAAACGGCAGUGCUGGCGGUCUCCGUUUCAUAUCGUGCACUGGUGAGCGGAUGGGAUCCACGAUUCUUCGACUGUACGCCAAAAUUGGCGCGAAAACAACCACGUUCGAGCCUGAGCACAGCAAAGGGCUAAGCAAUGAAUUCUGCUGCUAUGCCAACUUCGAAUGUCAGGACUGGGGAUUCCGAGAAGCGUAA